UUUACAUAAACUCCUAACCCUGGAGCAGCUUUCCUAUAUAUCCGACGACACCAUUCUCUCAACUCCUCAACACGGUUACUGUCCUGUCUCAGGGCCCUCGUGAUCAUCAGGGUUUCAAUGGAUGGAGGUGGGUGGUUCGAUGGGGAUCUCAACGGAGAUUUUGAGGUGAAGAGAUGUCUGAGCAGCUUCGUGGAUGAAGGUAGCAUCGAGAGUCACAGAUACUACCUGGCUCGUAGAACUCUUCUGGAGAUGUUGAGGGACAGAGGCUACUCUAUUCCUGCCUUAGACAUUGAUAUCUCUCUUCAAGAUUUCCGAUCCUUCUACAGUCAAAAACCCGAUCCUGAUCGUCUUCGCAUUUCCGCUUCUCUCCGAUCCGAUCCCUCCAAGAAGAUUCUAGUUAUUUUCUGCGGUCCUGAUGUAGUGAAAGUAAAUGCAAUAAGAAGCAUUGCUACUCAGAUUGUUAACAAGGACAGCUUAAGUAAGUUGAUUCUGGUAUUGCAAAAUCAUAUCACAAGCCAAGCUCUCAAAGCCGUGGAUCUCUUUUCAUUUCAAGUUGAGAAGUUCCAAAUUACGGACUUGCUUGUUAACAUUACAAAACACGUAUUAAAGCCAAAGCAUCGAGUUCUGACUGAUCAAGAGAAAAAUAAGCUGUUAAAGAAGUACAGCUUGAAUGAGAAACAGCUUCCUAGGAUGUUACAGCAAGAUGCAAUUGCACGCUAUUAUGGACUUGAGAAGGGACAAGUUGUGAAAGUUAUUUAUAAUGGCGAAAUUACUGGGUCACAUGUUACCUACAGGUGUGUCUGGUGAUGUAUUUUUGUGCAGUUUUUCCUAGAGAUGUUGUAUAAUGUUGUACUUUUCCUGAUAUGUAUGCAGAAUGAUGGAUUUGGGUAAAACCGAGGUAGUGUUAGUGUUAAUUUUGUUGUUCUCCCGUCAUUGCAUUAUUAUUUA